AUGGUUGGUAAUAAAGAUUUCGUUGGACGACAAAAGACAACACCAUUUUAUUUUCAACAUUUUAAUUUGAGAGAUAUUUCUAUAACUGCUGGGGGAAAUGGACCGGAGAUGUUUGAUUUGAUAAAAAAUGGUACAACUAGUAUAAGAAUGACAUUUAAUGAGGCGGUUCCAAGUGGUGGGAUUGUACUAGUGGCUAUGGGUGAAAUUGAUUCUCUGCUUAUGUUAGAUAGAAACAGAACUAUUUUCACAGAUAUUUCAGUAUAA